AUGGACCUGAGGGAAUUUUACUUGUUGACCGCUUUGAUUGCCUGUUUAAGGCUGGAUUCUGCUGUAGCUCAAGAACUUAUUUACACUAUUAGAGAGGAGCUGCCUGAAAAUGUCCCCAUAGGAAACAUACCAAAGGAUCUGAACAUUUCUCACAUCAAUGCUGCCACGGGGACCAGUGCCAGCCUUGUAUACAGACUGGUGUCUAAGGCAGGGGAUGCCCCUCUGGUCAAAGUGUCCAGUACCACCGGGGAGAUCUUUACAACAUCAAACAGAAUAGACAGAGAAAAACUCUGCGCUGGCGCUUCCUAUGCAGAAGAAAAUGAGUGUUUCUUUGAACUUGAAGUGGUGAUUCUCCCCAAUGACUUUUUUAGGCUGAUCAAGAUAAAAAUAAUUGUGAAGGAUACUAAUGACAAUGCACCUAUGUUUCCAUCCCCUGUCAUCAAUAUCUCCAUACCAGAAAACACUCUGAUCAACAGUCGCUUUCCAAUCCCAUCAGCAACAGACCCUGAUACAGGUUUCAACGGUGUGCAGCACUACGAGUUGUUGAACGGGCAGAGUGUCUUUGGCCUGGAUAUCGUAGAAACUCCAGAAGGAGAGAAAUGGCCUCAACUGAUUGUGCAGCAGAACUUGGAUAGAGAGCAAAAGGACACCUACGUGAUGAAAAUCAAAGUGGAGGAUGGAGGUACCCCACAGAAAUCCAGCACAGCUAUCCUGCAAGUCACAGUAAGUGAUGUCAAUGAUAACAGGCCAGUUUUUAAAGAGAGUCAAGUAGAGGUUCAUAUACCAGAGAAUGCGCCUGUAGGCACUUCUGUAAUUCAGCUUCAUGCUACAGAUGCAGAUAUAGGAAGCAAUGCAGAAAUCAGAUAUAUUUUUGGUGCCCAAGUUGCGCCUGCGACCAAAAGAUUUUUUGCUUUAAACAACACCACAGGGCUGAUCACAGUUCAGAGGUCCUUAGAUCGGGAAGAGACUGCUAUUCACAAAGUGACAGUGCUGGCUAGUGAUGGCAGCUCUACACCAGCUCGGGCAACUGUGACCAUCAAUGUCACUGAUGUAAAUGAUAACCCUCCGAACAUAGACCUCAGGUACAUAAUAAGUCCCAUCAAUGGCACAGUGUACUUAUCUGAGAAAGAUCCUGUCAAUACAAAGAUUGCCCUAAUUACGGUUUCAGAUAAGGACACUGAUGUGAAUGGCAAAGUGAUCUGUUUCAUUGAGAGAGAGGUCCCCUUCCACCUGAAGGCAGUUUACGACAACCAGUAUUUGUUAGAGACCUCUUCCUUGUUGGACUACGAGGGCACCAAAGAAUUCAGCUUUAAAAUUGUUGCUUCUGAUUCUGGCAAGCCCAGUUUGAACCAGACUGCCCUGGUAAGAGUUAAGCUGGAGGAUGAAAAUGACAACCCUCCUAUUUUCAGCCAGCCUGUAAUUGAGCUGUCAGUUUCUGAAAACAACCGUCGCGGUCUAUACUUAACAACUAUUAGUGCCACAGAUGAAGACAGUGGGAAAAAUGCAGACAUUGUUUAUCAGCUUGGCCCUAAUGCCUCCUUUUUUGAUCUGGAUCGAAAGACUGGAGUUUUGACAGCCUCCAGAGUUUUUGACAGAGAAGAACAGGAGCGUUUCAUUUUCACUGUUACAGCCCGAGACAAUGGCACCCCUCCUUUGCAGAGUCAAGCAGCUGUAAUUGUUACUGUGUUGGAUGAAAAUGACAACAGUCCCAAAUUUACUCAUAAUCAUUUCCAGUUUUUUGUAUCAGAGAACCUACCAAAGUAUAGCACUGUGGGGGUGAUCACGGUGACUGAUGCAGAUGCUGGGGAAAACAAAGCGGUGACCCUUUCUAUUCUCAAUGACAAUGACAACUUUGUGCUGGAUCCCUUCUCUGGAGUUAUAAAGUCCAAUGUUUCUUUUGAUCGAGAACAGCAGAGCUCCUAUACCUUUGAUGUCAAGGCAGUUGAUGGAGGACAACCUCCUCGCUCUUCUACAGCAAAAGUGACCAUAAAUGUCAUGGAUGUUAAUGAUAACAGUCCUGUUGUCAUCUACCCGCCUUCUAAUACUUCUUUUAAGCUGGUGCCACUCUCAGCAAUUCCAGGAUCAGUGGUAGCAGAAGUGUUUGCAGUGGAUAUCGACACCGGAAUGAACGCUGAACUGAAGUACACAAUAGUGAGUGGAAAUAGCAAAGGUCUGUUUCGGAUUGAUCCAGUGACAGGUAACAUCACUCUGGAGGAAAAGCCAACUCCUAAUGAUGUGGGGCUGCAUCGCUUAGUUGUCAACAUAAGUGAUUUGGGCUAUCCCAAAUCUUUGCAUACUCUUGUGCUUGUUUUUUUGUAUGUAAAUGAUACUGCUGGAAAUGCCUCUUAUAUUUAUGACUUGAUACGCAGGACUAUGGAAACGCCUCUGGACAGGAACAUAGGAGACAGUAGCCAACCCUACCAAAACGAGGACUAUCUCACAAUCAUGAUUGCUAUUGUGGCAGGUGCCAUGGUUGUCAUAGUGGUGAUAUUUGUCACUGUUCUUGUUCGCUGCCGGCAUGCAUCCAGAUUCAAAGCUGCCCAGAGGAGCAAACAAGGUGCUGAAUGGAUGUCUCCCAAUCAGGAGAACAAGCAAAGCAAGAAAAAGAAAAGGAAGAAAAGGAAAUCUCCGAAGAGUUCUCUUUUGAACUUUGUGACCAUUGAGGAGUCCAAACCUGAUGAUGCAGUUCAUGAACCCAUCAACGGGACAAUAAGCCUUCCAGCGGAGCUGGAGGAGCAAAGUAUAGGAAGAUUUGAUUGGGGCACAGCACCACCAACAACCUUUAAGCCUAACAGUCCUGAUCUUGCCAAGCAUUACAAAUCUGCCUCUCCUCAGUCUGCUUUUCAUCUCAAACCUGACACUCCCGUUUCAGUGAAAAAGCACCACGUGAUUCAGGAACUCCCUUUGGACAACACCUUUGUUGGUGGCUGUGACACCCUUUCCAAACGCUCUUCCACUAGUUCAGAUCACUUCAGUGCCUCAGAGUGCAGUUCCCAAGGAGGCUUCAAGACAAAGGGCCCCUUACACACCAGACAGUGUAAUAGUCAUAAUUUCAAUGACUUACUCUCUGUAACUCAUAAACAUUGCCCAGCCAGCACGGGUUUUCACAUUAGGCAAAAUGAAGAAAUCCAUGCUGAGUCCCAGCGCCGUGUUACAUUUCACCUCCCCGAUGGCUCCCAGGAAAGCUGCAGUGACAGUGGUCUGGGAGACCACGAGCCGGUGGGUGGUGGAACCCUGAUCUCACACCCUCUCCCUCUGGUUCAGCCGCAGGAUGAGUUCUACGACCAGGCCUCACCAGACAAGAGGACUGAAGCUGAUGGCAACUCCGACCCCAACUCGGAUGGGCCUCUUGGGCCAAGAGGAUUAGCUGAAGCGACAGAGAUGUGUACUCAAGAAUGUCUGGUUUUGGGUCAUUCAGAUAAUUGUUGGAUGCCUCCCAGCCUGGGUCCAUACCAACAGCCAAAGUCUCCUAUGUCUACCUUUGCAUCUCAGAAAGAAUGGGUUAAGAAGGACAAAUUAGUUAAUGGACACACACUGACCAGGACCUGGAAAGAAGAUAGCAACAGAAACCAGUUCAGUGAUAGAAAGCAGUAUGGUUCCAGUGAAGGCCAUUUCAACACUGGCAAUCACAUGACUGAUAUUCCUCUGGCCAACUUGAAGUCUUACAAACAGGCCUCAGGAGCUGCUGAGAGUCCAAAGGAGCACCAGCUAUAA